AUGACAAUAGCCUUAAAUCGAUCGCAGCACGCACCUUGUUCAGCCCCUUGCUUGUCUGCAGUAACAUCAACAACUCAAGAGGAAGACAUUCAACACCAACACCACCACCACAAUCAACAUUCGUUGUCGCAUGGUCCCUGCACUCCACCCACUUCACCCAAUCCUGACCUUGUCUUCAAGUCUUCUACCCUCGUCAAUCAGCAGCAAAGUUCCGAAUACAUUGCACCCUCCACUCCACCUCCAUCGCGUUCAAGCACUGUGAAGAGGUCGAUACCCAUGAAUACUACACAUACCACCAACAACCACCCUUCGCGCAAAUUCCCCGAGCCAUCCACUACAACCACUGGUGGCAGUAAACUAUUAGCAGAUGUCCAGAUAACAACUCCAGAGCAAGUAGCAACAGCUGCAACCACUAGCAACCACCAUGAUACCACCACCAAUAAUGAUGAUCAUCCAUUAUGCAACAAGGAGAAUGGAAGCGAUAACCAAGCAGCAGCAGCGACAACAACAAUCUUUGAUCCUCUACAUCCUUUGGCCCAUGAUAAUGAACCAUCAACAACAGCACCAGUCAAUAUCCCACAAAAACCCAUUAGGGAUUCAGAUUCAGGCCGACAUACGUUUACACAAUCCAUCAACAAUUAUCGUCGGGCAUCCUUACGUUCUUCCAUGUCUAUGCGCCGUGCUCGUCAAUCAAGUAUCCUGGAUUUGGACCCUGAAGAACAAGCAGCCCUCAAAGUGGAGAUCGCAUCUCGUCGUGCAGCUCGUCGUGCUUCUACUCGUAAACGACGCACCUAUGCAGACACAGAUGAUGAAGAUGAUCACCAGGAUCAUAUCCGUAUCGGCACUCGUAUCGCUGAAGGUCAUCGAAAUUACCAGCUCAUGUACGACAUGCUGACAGGUAUACGCAUCGCGGUGGGGCGGGUCUCUGCCAAAAUGUGGCGCGAUUUGACAGAUGAGGACUUCAAAGCUGCUCACAAGCUGGUGUUUGACAUCACUGGGAAUGAGCUUACGCCAGGGGUCAAGUACGACUUUAAGUUUAAGGAUUAUGCACCUUGGGUCUUUCGCCAUUUACGUGAAAAGUUUCAUGUCGAUGCUGCUGAUUAUAUGAUGUCGUUGACCAACAAAUACAUCUUGUCGGAAUUGACGUCUCCAGGAAAGAGUGGAAGUUUCUUUUAUUAUUCAAGGGAUUAUCGUUUCAUUAUCAAGACCAUUCAUCACACUGAACAUCGAUUCCUACGAAAGGUGCUCAAGGAUUAUUACAAUCAUGUAUGUCAAAAUCCCAACACCCUGCUUUCACGCUUCUACGGCCUUCAUCGCAUCAAGUUACCUCGUGGUCGCAAGACGCAUUUUAUCGUUAUGGGAAAUGUCUUUCCAGGCAGCAAGGAUGUCCAUUUGACUUUUGAUCUCAAGGGCUCAACUUUUGGUCGUCUUACCCCUGAAGAAGAACUCGAGAAAAAUCCAGGUACGACGCUCAAGGAUCAGAAUUGGAUCACUCGUGGAGAACGGCUUCGACUUGGACCUGAGAAACGAUCCUUGUUUUUGAAGCAGCUUGAUCGUGACGUUGAGCUGUUGACACGUCUCAACAUCAUGGAUUAUAGCUUGUUGAUUGGCAUACAUGAUCUUAGACGGGGCAACGCUGAAGGCAUUCGUGAUCAUCAACUUCAUGUGGUCAAGACCGAUCAUAUGGAACGACAAAUGUCAUUCGGCGGCUCAAGUCGUCGAGGAAGCAAUGCUGAUAUCGUACGAAAGGCAUUACGGAAUACAAGUCCGGUACAAUUGGAUAGUUCAGAAUUACCAGAGUCCCCAUCCGAGGAACGCCGCUGGUGCAUCUUUUAUGCAGACGAUGGUGGUUUUCAAUCAACUGAUGAGCACAAUCUACCUGGAUUAUCGCUUUAUUUUGUUGGCAUCAUUGAUAUCCUUACUCCUUAUAACAUGGUGAAGAAAACCGAGCACAUAUGGAAGAGCAUUACCCAAGAUAAGUAUGGGAUCUCUGCCGUUCCACCCACAGCUUAUGGAAGACGUUUCCUCCAAUUCAUGAAGAAGGCGGUCAUGCCAUCAUCCUCCUCAUCUUCGAAUUAA